AUGACAAGCCUUGCAGAAGAGGCAAAAUCUGGCUUUCUAGCCAAUAGCAAUCGAGCGCUUGAGUCGCUGGUGCCACUGACUCAGCUGAGUUCGUUUCUUACAGAUCCAUCCAGAUCAGCUGCACCAAGUCACCAAACAGAAGACGAAUCUGAGUUUGACGAGUCCGACGAUGCUGCAAAUGAGAGUGUUGUGAGGAAAUCGUUUUCAAAAUUGUUUUCUCGAAGCUCCCCAAACAGACCAACACUGUCACCUUUUGUGUCACCACCCAAAGCUGAGGUGAGCUUCCAGAGUUCAACACGUUCCAGCCAGGAUAUGAAUAGUCAGGACUUCCAGAACUCAUCAUUUAUGAACGACACAAAGGCCCAAUUUGACUUGGCCAUUGACCUCGAUGACGGGAAGUUUACUCAAAACGCAAGAAAGCUCCUGCUGUGGCUUCUGACAAACGGAGAGAGAAGUAUCAGCUCUAUCAGGAAAGCUCUGGCUCUCAACAGGUCCAAUUUGGGAACUGUAGUCGACUCUUCAUCGACACAAAAGCAUGAGGACUUGGUGAAGCAGCUCACAGACUGCAAGAUUCAGUUGAAGCUCUACGACAAGUUUCUUCAAGACUUGAUCGACAAGAAGCAGAUUGACGCCGGAGACAUCACCGAUUUUCACGAAACAUGGGAGGAGAGAGAACUGACUGUGGCAAAACUUCGACAGGAGAACGAGGAAAUGUCGACCUUGGUGGAAGACUUGUAUGCUAACCUAGAGGAAAGUCAGGUGAAGUGGCGUCAAGCAGACCAGAGGGCCGAUCAGUUGCACAAUUCUUUCGAGGAUUUGAAGGACGAGAUCUCGAAGCUUCUUCUGGCUUCUGGUAUUCCAGAGAAGUUAGUCCAGCACCAUGAUUCUGCAUCUUACAUAAACCUGGCGGUUCCCUUGCUUCGAUCCCUAAUAGACUCAGAGAGCUCGCGUCAGGAAGUGGCAGAUCUUGAAGAAAAGAUACAGGUAUAUGAAACCGAAGCAAGACUGACUGAAAAGCUUCUAGGCCAGCAGACAGAGGAGAUUGCCUCAUGGAAGGCCAAAUACAGUGAUCUUGAACUCAAGGUCGAGGAGCUUCAGGAAGCUGUGGAUGUCACACCCCACAAAUUUGGCAAGGAUGUCGAGGAGAGGUUCAACAAAUACGAGGCUAUGAUUGAUGAUCUUCAGAGGCAAAUCAACCAGCGUGAAGACUCCAGCAGACAGAGCUCCGUGGUGGAUAAUACCUACGCCAACUCGGAGAGCAGGAAGGUCGAUGAUCUUCGCCAGGAAUACGAUGACCUUUUCCGCUUGCAUGAGGAGUUGAAGAUGGAGCUUAAGCUGACGAAACAAAGCAUGAGCUCGACCAUCACAUCUCUAACAACACAGCUCAAUAAUAGGAAAAAAGAACAGCUAGCGCUUCGAGAUCAGGUAUCUGAGCUAGAGGAUGUGAAGAUCAGCCUCAACACAGCUGUUGAGAAGCAACGCAAGCUUCAAUCAGAGAAGACCAGGCUCUCUUACCAGGUUGAAGAACUCAAUCAGGCAAAAAAUAAACUUCAAGGCAACAUCGACAUUCUCACUGAGAAAUUGCAAGAUGCUCAUCUUGAUGAGGAGAUUGUGCAGCCCACCAUUGAUGAGGACGCCAAGGCCAGGUUCCACCAGCUUUAUCAGUUUGAUAUAGAUCAGCUUAACAAACUUGCUGAUACGUUUGAUCGCUUGGUUGACGAUAGUUCCAUCAACGAGCCGAUCGAGAAGAUCAGGACGAUCAAGGAUUUCCUCAGUAAAAGCGAUGCAUUGAUUCUGGACUAUUCUGACGAUGUGAUUUCGGAUCUACUUGAGUGUCACAAGAUGUUGUUUCAGUAUUUUGCUAAGGCAGCUGAUCUUUCUGUUGACGAUCAUAUCACUCUUUUGCUCAAAAGAGAGCAGAGAGCGAAAGAAAACGAGCAGCACAUUGAUCAACUUAGCAAGCGAAUUGUGCAACUAGAAGAACAAAACGACAAGCUUUCCAGGCAAAAUGAAAAAGGAGAUGGCACUCCUGAAUACGACCUUAGGCUUGAGGAGCUCACAGCUAGGUGGAAAGCAGAACGUGAAGCUAGGGUCUACGAGAAUAGACUGGCGAAGAGGAGGUUUAAUGAACUCGAGGAAGAAAUUGAUCGUCUCAGAGAAGCCGUGGCUCCUACCUACGAGGAACUUGAGAAGGAAGUCACUGUCGAUGACCUUGACUUCUCUGAUUUGGAGGCCAAGUACGCCGUCAGCUCCGACUUGGGGCUCGACAACUACGUGGUUGUGGACGGUACUCCAAAGGCCCCAGCUUCUAAAGCUCCAUUGUUGGAGAAAGUUUUGAGAAAGUUUUUGAGCAAAGUCGGCGAAAUUGUCGAGGGCGAGGCCGGUUUGUACCUUCCAGUCGAGGACAACAUGACCAAGGGCUACAUUUUUGUUCAGUACAAGAAGCCAGAGAGCGCUAAUGCAGCUGUUCUGACCUUCCACAACAAGCCUUUCGAUGCCAAGCACAAGUUGCUUGUCAACAAGUUUGCUGAUGUUGAGAGAUACUGUAACGAGGGCAACGUUGCCGACGAGUUCGUUGAGCCAGAGGUGCCUCCAAUGAAGGAGACCGGUUACUUGAAGUCUUGGUUGCAAGAUGACGCUGGUCGUGACCAGGCUGCCUUGCACUUUUCUGAAACCGUCGGUGUCUACUGGACCAACAAGAAGGUUGACCCCAAGGCCGUUACCGAGCCAAGAAAGGGCUUCACUUCCAAGUACGCCAAGUUCUCUCCAAAGGGUACCUACUUGUUCUCGAUUCACCCACAGGGUGUUCAGUCCUGGGGUGGUGCCAACUUUGACAGUGUCAGCAAAUUCGUGCACCCACAGGUUCGUUUGAUCGACUUUUCUCCCAACGAGAAGUACAUGGUGACCUUGUCUCCUGCCCCAAUCACUAUGCCUACCAACGCCGAGGAGGCUGCUAACUUCCCAUUCGGUCCUGAGUCUGAAGGCCACAAAUUGGUCAUUUGGGACUUGACCACUGCUGAGGUUGCCAGAACAUUCGCUUUGCCUCCUCACUUGGAGAACCAGAAAGACAUGCCAUGGCCUCUUGUGAAGUGGUCUUUCGAUGACAAGUACUGUUGUCGUCAAGGCCCAGACGCCUUGGCUGUCUACGAGACCCCCUCUUUCCAGUUGUUGGACAAGAAGUUGGUCAAGAUCGACGGUGUUGUCGACUUUGAGUGGGCUCCAGCUGGUGUCCAUUUGUUGGGCUCCAGAGAGGAGCACGGCGAGCACGUCUUGUCCUACUGGACCCCAGAAACAGCCAACCAGACCGCCAGAGUUGCUCUUAUGCAAAUUCCAUCCAGAAGAGUUCUCAGAACCGUCAACUUGUUCCAGGUCAGCGACUGUAAGAUGCACUGGCAGGACGAGGGUAAAUUCUUGUGUGUGAAGGUCGACCGUCACACCAAGUCCGGUAAGACGUUCUUCUCCAACCUUGAGUUUUUCAGAACCACAGAGAGAGACAUUCCUGUUGAGAAGUUGGAGUUGAAGGACGUGUGUAUCAAUUUCGCAUGGGAGCCAGUUUCCGAUAGAUUCGUCACCAUCAGCAGGUUGGAUGACGGUAACAACAACCCAGCCAUUCCAAAGAACCUGGUUUCUUUCUACUCGACAGAGCCUGCCACCAAGAACAAGGCAGCCAAGUUCAGAGUUCUCUCCAAGGUCGAGAACAAGCACUCCAACACACUCAGUUGGUCGCCUAGAGGCAGAUACAUUGUCGUCGCUACCAUCGCCAAGUCUUCUGGUGAGUUGGAAUUCUACGACACCAACUUCGAGGACGAGACCACCAAGAAGCCUACAGUCAAGUUGCUCAAGGGCGAGAAGUUCGGCGGUAUGACCAACAUCUCCUGGGAUCCAUCUGGAAGAACCGUUGCUGCCUGGUCUUCUUCCUGGGUGCACGCUAUCGAGAAUGGUUACAGAUUGUACGAGUUCACUGGUGAGCAGUUGAGAGACGACUCGAUGGACCAGUUCAAGGACUUCAUCUGGAGACCCAGACCCGCCUCUAUGCUUACGGCUGCCGACCAGAAGAAGGUCAAGAAGCAGUUGCGUGAGUACAGCGCCCAGUUUGACGAGAUUGACGCCAUGGAGGCCGAUGCUGCCACCAGAGAGGCCAUCUUGUUGCGCCGUAGACUCCUUGAAGAAUGGAAGGAGUACCGUGCCAAGCACGCGGGCAAGAAGGUGGAGGACCACGACGUGGAGGCCGAGAUUGUCGAGGAGAUCAAGGAGGAGAUCAUUGAGGAGACCGAGGAGUUGGUCGAGUAA